CCGGCCCGGGGACAGCGAGCUGGGGCCGCCAGUUCCGGGACUGGUGCCUGCGCACCUACGGCGACUCGGCCAAGACCAAGACGGUGACCCGGAGCAAGUACCAGCGCAUCGCCGAGGUGCUGCAGGGGGGAGCGGCGGCGGCCGGAGGAGGAGGCGGCGGCGGCGAGAAAGGCAAGUUCCAGUUCUGGGUGCGCUCCAAGGGCUUCCGCCUGGGCAACGGGACGCGCGAAGCGGCCGCCGCCGCCAAGAUGGGCAAGGGGUGGUCUAUGUGCCCGUGAAGACCGGGACGGGGGCGGACGGUCUGUCAGAGCCUGAAGGCGUGACCCUCAAGCGCGUGGCCGUGGUGGAAGAUUUCUUCGACAUCAUCUACUCGAUGCACGUGGAGAGCUCCGCGGAACCCGGCAAGGCGCCCAAGCACGCUGGGCAGAAGAAGACCUACCGGGCGAUUGCCGAAACCUACGCUUUCCUCCCGCGAGAAGCAGUGACCAGAUUCUUGAUGAGCUGCACAGAGUGCCAGAAAAGGAUGCAUUUUAACUCCAACGGCCUGGAGCCUAAAGAAAGUGACCCGCCUUCUUCUUUGGUUUCUGGAAUAAUCGACUACAACAUGCCCCUGACGUCCACGUACCUGAAGCAAAUGAAACUCCGAGUCUUGAAUUCCCAAGAACAGGAUGAGACGUCUGUGAGCAGCGAGGACUUUGACAUGAACGACUCCACAUGGAUGUCAACUGACCAGCACCUCAACUCCAGCUUGAGCCCCAGCCAGGAGGAAGGGAUGCGGAGCCCCCAGAAUCUCCACAGCCAAGAGGAUGACGAUUCCUCUUCGGAGAGCUGCAGCGGGAACGGCUCCUCCACCCUGAACCCGUCCACCUCGAGCAGCACCCAAGGGGAUGCCACCUACCCGGAGAUGAACGGGAAUGGAGCCGCCGCCCCCAUGGAUUUCAGCGCCUCCUCUGAGGACCAGCCCAUCAACCUCUGCGACAAGCUGGCCCCCACGCAUGUCGCCCCCUCCUACCCCUCAGACGGCUGCAGCGCCGACGGCUUGCGGAGCCGGGCAAAGUACGCAGCCAAAAGCACGGCCGAGUCACCUCCGUACAGCUCUGGCAGCUACGACUCCGUCAAGACCGAGGUCAGCGGCUGUCCCGAAGACCUGACUGUUGGCCGAGCCCCCGCCGCAGAUGACGAUGACGACGACCACGACGAUCAUGAGGACAACGACAAGAUGAACGACUCAGAAGGGAUGGACCCGGAACGACUGAAGGCCUUCAAUAUGUUUGUCCGCCUCUUUGUGGAUGAGAACUUGGACCGCAUGGUGCCCAUCUCCAAGCAGCCCAAAGAGAAGAUCCAGGCCAUCAUCGAGUCUUGCAGCAGGCAGUUCCCCGAGUUCCAGGAGCGAGCCCGCAAGCGUAUCCGCACUUACCUCAAGUCCUGCCGGCGCAUGAAGAAGAACGGCAUGGAAAUGACCAGGCCCACCCCGCCGCACCUGACCUCAGCCAUGGCCGAAAACAUCCUGGCAGCCGCCUGCGAAAGCGAGACGCGAAAAGCAGCCAAGAGGAUGCGGCUGGAGAUCUACCAGACGUCUCAGGACGAGCCAGUGGCGCUGGAGAAGCAGCACUCCCGGGAUUCGGCGACCGUCACGCACUCCUCCUACUCGCUGCCGGCCUCCUCCUCCUCCUCCUCCUUCUCCCAGGACCCCGUCUACAUCAACGGGAGCCUGAACUACAGCUACCGCACCUACGGGAACCUGGGGGGCAGCCUACAGCCGGCCUCCUCACUCCAGACAGGGAAUCACAGUAACGGCCCGACCGACCUCAGCAUGAAGAGCAGCGCCGCCAGCACCGCCACGCCCCCGGCGAACAGCACAAACCGGGGGGUGCCGGCCGCCCAGCUCAGCCCGACGGAGAUCAGCGCGGUGCGGCAGCUGAUCGCCGGCUACCGGGAAUCCGCGGCCUUCCUCCUCCGCUCAGCGGAUGAACUGGAGAACCUCAUUUUGCAGCAGAACUGACUGCCCGCCCGCUGGGGGCGCCCGUGCCAGGAGACUCUGGCCC